UUCGCCGGUUGGGCCGAGGAGUGCGAGGAGGAUGCCCGCAGCGAGAAGGAGGAGCGGGCGGGGAAGGGCUGCGCCCUCCCGGAGGAACCGCCCGAGGGUUCGCUGGGGGAGAGCAAGGAGGAAGGGGAGCUAGGCGGGGACGAGGAGGAGGAGGAGGAGGAGGAGGAAGGCUUGGAGGAGGCGGAGGGCGAGAGGCCCAAGAACCGCGGCCCCAAGAAGCGCAAGAUGACCAAGGCGCGGCUGGAGCGUUCCAAGCUGCGGCGGCAGAAGGCGAACGCGCGGGAGCGCACUCGCUGCUUCAGAGUUAAUGAAACCAUUUAGGACCUGCGCAAGGUGGUUCCCUGCUACUCCAAAACCCAAAAGCUCUCCAAAAUCGAGACCCUCCGCUUGGCCAAGAACUACAUCUGGGCUCUCUCCGAGAUCCUGCGCUCGGGCAAACGGCCCGACCUGGUUUCCUACGUGCAGACUCUGUGCAAGGGGCUGUCGCAGCCCACCACCAACCUGCUGCCCGGCUGCCUCCAGCUCAACUCCCGCAAUUUCCUCACGGAGCAGGGGCAGGAGGGGGGCCGUUUCCACGGUCCCAACGCCUCCUUC